ACUGUCAAGUAGAAUUUGACACAUGACAGACUACAAAAACUCUCCGUAAGUUGUAUUGUCAAACAGAUCGCAUCAUGUUUUUACAACAGUCAGUUUUCUUUGUUAUUCGGUUUUUCUAAAGUUCCAGCUGGAGUAGUUUAAUUCAUUGCACAAAUUAAAUCGACUAAUUUGGCUUAUAUAAUCAAAGCGAUUGCUCUCAUCACAACACAAUCUAGGAGAAAAUUUGAUUUCGACUUAUGCAGCUAAUCACUUAUUGAACCAAAUAAAGUGGACGAAGACUAAAUAAGGCAUUACCGGCGAAUUUUUUUUGGUCAACAAACGAGUAGCUCGGUCAACAUUUGUUUAGUAGUCAAUUGAAUGCCAUCAAAAUGAGUGAAAAUAAAACUGAAGGAAAUGCAACGAAACCAGAGACAAGCUCGAUGGAGAAUCCAAAUACCAUUGCUGUUGUAUCAAACGCGUCGGGUAUAAAUAAAUUGGAUGUCGAUUGCUUAGAAGAAUUGUUUGAAUGGCUCUCGCUAAGAGACUUGCGGGCACUUCGUCAGACAUGUAAGCGAAUGAAGCAAGUGGUCAAUUACCACAUUCCAUUGAAUUACCCAUUGAGAUUCGGCCGUUUUGAAUUUGUUGACGACACAUUCGAAGAUCUAUGCCGUUUCGACGCAAGUUUUACAAAACUAUACAAGAGCAUUAAAUUCGGUUACAAUCCAUUAACAAAUUAUAUAAUCGACGGUCUCAAACACAUUCUAAGCAAUGUUGAGAGAGUUGUUAUUUCCGAUGUACAGCUCAACGGCACACUCUAUGAUAAUUUCUUGACAUUCUGUAGCAAUUUGAAAAUUCUGUGCAUCAUGGAUUUUUCCACAAUGGGAAUAGACAGUGAUUGGCUGUUGCAACAAUAUCCAACGCUUGAACAACUCAUCAUUAGUGAUGCGGAGCCAUUCGAAGAAAAUGACAAGUUGCAGACAUUUUUGGAACGAAACCGAAAUAUAAAAACACUUUCCAUUUCAUCGAACAUUCUUGACACAAUUCCAGACGCAUGGAUCAUUGAGUCGGGCGUGAAAUUGGAUAAAUUAGAAAUUGAAAUGUUACAUCUUCCAGAAAAUGGAAUGGAUCAAUUCUGCAAUCGGCUGAAUAUGCUGCACGAGAAUGGUUUCUACAAACGACUACAUUUUUUCGUUUAUUGUUUCUGUGAAGGGCAACAAAUGUUUGAAAUUGCUAAUUUACGUGUCCUUGACGUGUUAUUCGUUGAAUACUUGAUCAGUGCUACCAUUUUGCCACCAUUUAACCACCUCAAGGCAUUUUAUUUGGACAGUGAUAUUGAUGUCGAUAACAUGGACAGCUUGGUGGAUAACCUUCCAAAUAUUGAAAUAAUUCAUUUUAAAUUCGCUGAUUUCGAGAAUAUUCUACCAUUCUUUCGUCGAUCGACCAAAUUGAAGGAAAUCAAAAUUAAUUCACCGACGGAUGGACGGUUUUUAAGCGAUGGGAUCAUCGAUUUGGUGGCACUGAACAAAGAACGUAAACUAUGUUCUGGAGCUACAAAACUUACCAUCUAUGUCAAGGAACAGGUUUAUUUGAGCACAAAAUUCGCAAAAAUGCGGACAAAGCUCAGUUUGAUCGAAAUAAAACGAGCCGAAUCACAUAUUUUUGAACAUGAAUAUUGAACUGGACUGAAAUAUAUAUUUUUUUAUAAAUUCAAGAAAGAUUACAACACAAUGUACAAAAAUUUAAUGUUUUUUCUGACAAAUAUUGAAUUUAGAUGAAUUUUAUAAGAUUUAAGGCAAAAUAUGUUUCAAUGAUUUUUUUUUCAUUAUAUAACUAAAAAUAUCUUUUCAAAAAAUGUAUGAUUUUUUUUCAUGUCAACUUAUAAAGAGAAGAAUAGUAUUUUUUAUAUGAUUCCGUUGACAAAAAUGAAUGUAUUUUUGAUAUUUUAUAAUGACUAGUUAAGUUUAUAUUGAAAAAAAUUCUGGGGUGUGUGUGAUAUCCCAAACUAAACGUUAUCUUUUUCUUCCGAAGAAAAGAGAAGGAAUUCUGUUAUUGUCCACAUAAACGUGAUUGGACAUUUUCAAUUGUUAGAAUCAUUUAUUCGUUCAAUCAAACAGAUUUAUCUCUUAGAAAUUCUCAACUAAGACCACCCAUAAAAAUACAAUACUUUAAAUUUUUUAAAGAUGAAACGGAUGUUAUCAUCGGACCACAUUUAAUAAACUUUGAAUAAAAUCAAACUUGGCAAAAA